GGACCGGAAAACUUUUAUUUCUUGGAAUCCGAAAUAAAUACUGCAGCUUUUGUGCAUACGCCAGUGCCAAAAACAUGGAAGUCAUUCCAGAUCAUACAUGUUAUAAGAACUGGUCAAAUACAUCCACAAGUAUGGAAUCCGACAUAAUUGUGGAAGGAUUUCGAAAAAGUAUUGACAUGUAUAAUAUUAUUUAUAAAAGACUUGUUGGGGAUGGUGACAGUAGCGUCUAUAAAAAACUGAUCGAGGCUCGCCCAUAUGGAAGUUUACAUGUGGAGAAAAUUGAGUGCAGGAAUCAUUUAUUAAGAAAUUUUUGCUCCAAAUUGCGUGAAAUAUCUAGUAAAAAAAGAAGCAACAGUACAAAUAAUCCGGUUUCACCAUACCUGCGCAAACAUAUUUUGAACAAUAUACGAAGGAUGAGAACUGCUGUUGCAAUGGCUGUUACUCAAAGAAAUAAAGAAGAUAAAAGCUUUAGUAUUAAAAUAGAAAAUCUUACUAAAGAUUUAAAAAAUAUACCAUCCCACGUAUUUGGAGAGCAUCUAAACUGUACAGCCAUAGGAUAUUUUAGAUGUGAUAAAAAGUUUGGAGAAAAAAAUUAUAUUGAAGAAAUGAAGGCAUGUGGGGUUUUGCAAGACAUUGAAGUUUGUCUAAAUAGACUCAUAUUGCAUGCUUCCAGUUUGUUAAGAAAUAUGGACAAUAAUGUAGCUGAACAUUAUAACUCUGUGGUAUGCAAGUUUAUUGGCGGAAAGCGCAUCAAUUUUUCAAAAAGAGGGUCUUAUCAAAUACGGUGUGAAGCUGCAGCCCUAUCUUAUAAUCUUGGAAGCGGAGAAUACCACAGACAAAUUUUUAAAUCAAUUGCUGAAAAAAGUCCUUCUGGUCAUACAAAAAAAUUUAUUAAUAGAGUUAAACAAAGACGUAUUAAUACCCUUAAAAUAAGACCAAAAACCCUAUUUAAAAAACGAAAUAAAUCAAUUGCGCUUCCUGAUAAAGAUUAUGGGGAUCAGGAGGCAGAUAAUAGCAUACAGCCAGACAUGGAAGAAAAUUUAUUUGAAGAAAAAAAAAGGAAUUUUUAGAAGAACUCGAAAAAAAUGAAAAUGAGAUUAAGGAUUUAGAGAUUAGUACCAGAGGACAAGGAGAAAAUCCAAAGUGGUAUCAAGAAAGGAGUUUAAGGCUUACAGCAUCAAAUUUUGGAAAUAUUUGCAAAAUGCUAGAAAAAACAAAUUGCAAAAAUAAAGUAAAAGCAAUUCUUUAUUCCAAGUUUCGGGGCAAUAAACACACUAAGUAUGGCACCGAAAAAGAACCAUUUGCUAUUCAACAAUUUGAGGAAACCUACAAUUUAAAAGUUGAAAUGUGUGGUCUUUUUAUUGAUUCCGAAUGUUGUGCUUUGGCUGCUAGCCCUGAUGGGCUAGUUGGCUCAAGAGGAUUAGUAGAAGUAAAGUGCCCAUCAACAGCUUCAGCAAUCAGCCCUACAGAAGCUAUCAAUAAAAAAAUAAUCAAGUUUGCCACCCUUGAUGAAAAUGGACAGAUGCAUUUAAAACAGAACCAUGAUUAUUUUUAUCAAAUCCAAGGCCAGCUUCAUAUCACAAAAAGAGAUUUUUGUUAUUUUAUUUUAUGGACACCUAUGGGGAUGCUGGUAGAACAGGUAAGCUUUUUGUUUUAAGUAGUAAGAUAUUUGGUAUAACGAAUUUAUUAUUUCAGAUUUGGCGGCAGGACUCAUUCUGGAAUGACAAAAUGAUAGGAAAAUUAAAAAGUUUCUAUUACAAUUGUUUAUUACCGGAAAUUAUCGACCCGCGAUAUAGUAGAGGACUGGAAAUAAGAAAUCCAUCGAGAAAAUAACAACAUUUUAAUUUUAAAAUAGGUAUAUUAAUAGAUUUUUGCAAAUAUAAAACUGUACUUUUUAAAAUAAAAUUUAAAAUAUAAGUAUGUAUAUAAUUGUUUUUUCAAUAAGAUUAGGGUAAAAUGUAUAACAGUUCAAAAAAAAUGUUUAAAAAAAAACAAUUAUACAUAGAUUUUGUAUAAAAAAUGUAUAUUUUUUUAAAAAUGCCUCUUAAAAACUCCCCCGUACAUCAUUAACAAAAAGUCUCGCAAAAAGUUUAAUAAUAAUUGUAGCAAAAAAAAAAUUAUAUGAAAUAGGAUCGAGCACCCCAUUUCAAAGAAAAAUUUUGCCAAUAAUCGACAAUCGUAAUGUCUCAUUAUUCAAGUUUCAUAAUUCCCUGCGCCAUGCUAUUCCAUCCUCACCAGAUUUAUAUGACACGCGAGAACCUAUCGGUUUGGUCGCCGCUUUGAAAUGACCCCUUCCCUUCAUCCUUCCGCUGAGUGUUGCCAUAUGUUGGGUGAGCCAAAAAAUCGCCUAUAUUUUGAAAUCCGAGUUGGUCACGUGCUGAU